CGGCGCCCGGUGAGCGCGCCGGGGACGAGAGGCGAGUCGAGAGUGGAGGAGGAGGAGGAGGCGGCGGCGGCGGGAGCGCUCCCCAGGAAUGUCGCUGCUGCCGCCGCCAGCGCCGCGGCCGCUGCCGUUGCCGCCGAGGAGGAGACGGCGGAGACCGACGCUGUUAGGGAGAUGAUCCAUCUGAUUUUGAAGACCUUUCUGAGGAAAUGAGGGAAAUAUGAAGAACCAAAUAUAAUUUUGAAAUUCAGGAUCUGUAUUUUGAGAUGACUUUAUUUUCAGAAUGAAAAGCAUAUGUGGUUACCUUUAUGAAUGUAGAGACAUGAGAAGAAAGUUAUGAUGGCAAAAAACAAAGAGCCUCGUCCCCCAUCCUAUACUAUCAGUGUAGUUGGACUCUCUGGAACUGAAAAAGACAAAGGUAACUGUGGAGUUGGAAAGUCUUGUUUGUGCAAUAGAUUUGUACGCUCAAAAGCAGAUGAAUAUUAUCCAGAGCAUACUUCUGUGCUUAGCACCAUUGACUUUGGAGGAAGAGUAGUAAACAAUGAUCACUUUUUAUAUUGGGGUGACAUAAUACAAAGUGGUGAAGAUGGAGUAGAAUGCAAAAUUCAUGUCAUUGAACAGACAGAGUUCAUUGAUGACCAGACUUUCUUGCCUCAUCGGAGUACAAAUUUGCAACCAUAUAUAAAACGUGCAGCUGCCACUAAAUUACAGUCAGCAGAAAAACUGAUGUAUAUUUGCACUGAUCAACUUGGCUUGGAGCAAGACUUUGAGCAGAAGCAAAUGCCAGAAGGGAAGCUCAAUGUAGAUGGAUUUUUAUUGUGCAUUGAUGUAAGUCAAGGAUGUAAUAGGAAAUUUGAUGAUCAACUUAAAUUUGUCAAUAACCUUUUUGUCCAGCUAUCAAAAUCAAAAAAACCUGUAAUAAUAGCAGCAACUAAAUGUGACGAAUGUGUGGAUCAUUAUCUUAGAGAAGUUCAAGCAUUUGCUUCAAACAAAAAGAACCUUCUUGUAGUGGAAACAUCAGCACGAUUUAAUGUCAACAUUGAGACAUGUUUCAUUGCACUGGUACAAAUGUUGGAUAAAACUCGUGGCAAACCUAAAAUUAUUCCCUAUCUGGAUGCUUAUAAAACACAGAGACAACUUGUUGUCACAGCAACAGAUAAGUUUGAAAAACUUGUGCAGACGGUGAGAGACUAUCAUGCAACUUGGAAAACUGUUAGUAAUAAAUUAAAAAAUCAUCCUGAUUAUGAAGAAUACAUCAACUUAGAGGGAACAAGAAAGGCCAGAAAUACGUUCUCAAAACAUAUAGAACAACUUAAACAGGAACAUAUAAGAAAAAGAAGAGAAGAAUAUAUAAAUACCUUACCAAGAGCUUUUAAUACUCUUUUGCCAAACUUGGAGGAGAUAGAACAUUUGAAUUGGUCAGAAGCUUUGAAAUUAAUGGAGAAAAGAGCAGAUUUCCAGUUAUGUUUUGUGGUGCUAGAAAAAACACCUUGGGAUGAAACUGACCAUAUAGACAAAAUAAAUGAUAGACGAAUCCCAUUUGACCUCUUGGGCACUUUAGAAGCUGAAAAGGUCUAUCAGAACCAUGUACAACAUCUAAUAUCAGAGAAAAGGCGAAUUGAAAUGAAGGAAAAAUUUAAGAAGACUUUGGAAAAAAUUCAGUUCAUUUCACCUGGGCAGCCAUGGGAGGAAGUUAUGUGCUUUGUUAUGGAGGAUGAAGCCUUCAAAUACAUCACUGAGGCUGACAGCAAAGAGGUGUAUGGUAGGCAUCAGCGAGAGAUAGUUGAAAAAGCCAAAGAAGAGUUCCAGGAAAUGCUUUUUGAGCAUUCUGAACUUUUUUAUGAUUUAGACCUUAAUGCAACACCAAGUUCAGAUAAAAUGAGUGAAAUUCAUACAGUUCUGAGUGAAGAACCUAGGUACAAAGCUUUACAGAAACUUGCACCUGAUAGGGAAUCGCUUCUCCUUAAACACAUAGGAUUUGUUUAUCAUCCCACUAAAGAAACAUGCCUUAGUGGCCAAAAUUGUACAGACAUUAAAGUGGAGCACUUACUUGCCAGUAGUCUUUUACAGUUGGAUCAUGGACGCCUACGCUUAUAUCAUGAUAGUACCAAUAUAGAUAAAGUUAACCUUUUCAUUUUAGGGAAAGAUGGUCUUGCCCAAGAACUAGCAAAUGAGAUAAGGACGCAAUCCACUGAUGAUGAAUAUGCCUUAGAUGGAAAAAUUUAUGAACUUGAUCUUCGGCCAGUUGAUGCCAAAUCGCCUUACAUUUUGAGUCAAUUAUGGACUGCCGCCUUUAAACCACAUGGGUGCUUCUGUGUAUUUAAUUCCAUUGAGUCAUUGAGUUUGAUUGGGGAAUUUAUUGGAAAAGUGAGAACUGAAGCUUCUCAGAUCAGAAAAGAUACAUAUAUGGCUAAUCUUCCAUUUACAUUAAUUUUGGCUAAUCAGCGCGAUUCCAUUAGUAAGAAUCUACCCAUUCUCAGGCACCAAGGACAGCAGUUGGCAAACAAGUUACAGUGUCCUUUUGUAGAUGUACCUCCUGGUACAUAUCCUCGUAAAUUUAAUGAAUCCCAAAUAAAGCAAGCUCUAAGAGGAGUCUUGGAAUCAGUUAAACACAAUUUGGAUGUGGUAAGCCCAGUUCCUACCAAUAAAGAUGUAUCAGAAGCUGACUUGAGAAUUGUCAUGUGUGCCAUGUGUGGUGAUCCAUUUAGUGUAGAUCUUAUUUUAUCACCCUUCCUUGAUUCUCAUUCUUGUAGUGCUGCUCAAGCUGGGCAGAAUAAUUCCCUAAUGCUUGACAAAAUUAUCGGUGAAAAAAGAAGGCGGAUACAGAUCACAAUAUUAUCGUACCACUCCUCAAUUGGAGUAAGGAAAGAUGAACUGGUUCAUGGGUAUAUAUUAGUUUACUCUGCAAAACGGAAAGCAUCAAUGGGAAUGCUUAGAGCAUUUCUGUCAGAAGUUCAGGACACCAUUCCUGUACAACUGGUGGCAGUUACUGACAGCCAAGCAGAUUUUUUUGAAAAUGAGGCUAUCAAAGAAUUAAUGACUGAAGGAGAACAUAUUGCAACUGAGAUCACUGCUAAAUUUACAGCAUUAUAUUCUUUAUCUCAGUAUCAUCGGCAGACAGAAGUCUUUACUCUGUUUUUUAGUGAUGUCCUAGAGAAAAAAAAUAUGAUAGAAAAUUCCUAUUUGUCUGAUAAUACAAGAGAAUCAGCCCAUCAAAGUGAGGAUGUUUUUCUACCAUCCCCCAGAGACUGUUUUCCCUAUAACAACUACCCUGAUUCAGAUGAUGACACCGAAGCACCACCUCCUUAUAGUCCAAUUGGGGAUGAUGUACAGUUGCUUCCAACACCUAGUGACCGUUCCAGAUACAGGUUAGAUUUGGAAGGAAAUGAAUAUCCUAUUCAUAGCACCCCGAACUGUCAUGAUCAUGAACGCAACCAUAAAGUGCCUCCACCUAUUAAACCUAAACCAGUUGUACCUAAGACAAAUGUGAAGAAACUGGAUCCAAACCUUUUAAAAACAAUUGAAGCUGGUAUUGGUAAAAAUCCAAGAAAACAGAUUUCUCGGGUCCCUUUGGCACAUCCUGAAGAUAUGGAUUCUUCAGAUAACUAUGCGGAGCCCAUUGACACCAUUUUCAAACAGAAGGGCUACUCUGAUGAGAUUUAUGUUGUUCCAGAAGAUAGUCAAAAUCGAAUUAUUAAAAUUCGAAACUCAUUUGUAAAUAAUACCCAAGGAGAUGAAGAAAAUGGGUUUUCAGAUAGAACCUCAAAGGGUCAUGGGGAACGGAGACCUUCAAAAUACAAAUAUAAAUCUAAAACUUUAUUUAGCAAAGCCAAGUCAUAUUAUAGAAGAACACAUUCAGAUGCAAGUGAUGAUGAGGCUUUCACUACUUCUAAAACAAAAAGAAAAGGAAGACAUCGUGGAAGUGAAGAAGAUCCACUACUUUCUCCUGUUGAAACUUGGAAAGGUGGAAUUGAUAAUCCUGCUAUCACUUCUGACCAGGAGGUAGAUGAUAAGAAGCUGAAGAAGAAAACCCACAAAGUAAAAGAGGAUAAAAAGCAGAAAAAGAAAAUUAAGAACUUCAAUCCACCAACACGUAGAAAUUGGGAAAGUAAUUACUUUGGGAUGCCCCUCCAGGAUCUGGUUACAGCUGAGAAGCCCAUACCACUAUUUGUUGAAAAAUGUGUGGAAUUUAUUGAAGAUACAGGAUUAUGUACUGAAGGACUGUAUCGUGUUAGUGGAAACAAAACUGAUCAAGACAAUAUUCAAAAGCAGUUUGAUCAAGAUCAUAAUAUCAGUCUAGUAUCAAUGGAAGUGACAGUAAAUGCUGUAGCUGGAGCUCUUAAAGCUUUCUUUGCAGAUCUACCAGAUCCUUUAAUUCCAUAUCCACUCCAUCCAGAGCUAUUGGCAGCAGCAAAAAUUCCAGAUAAAAUAGAACGCCUUCACGUCUUGAAAGAAAUUGUUAAGAAAUUUCAUCCUGUAAACUAUGAGGUAUUCAGAUACGUGAUAACACACCUGAACAGGGUCAGUCAGCAAAAUAAAAUCAACCUAAUGACAGCAGACAACUUAUCCAUCUGUUUUUGGCCAACGUUGAUGAGACCUGAUUUUGAAAAUCGAGAGUUUCUGUCUACUACUAAGAUCCAUCAAUCUGUUGUUGAAACAUUCAUUCAACAGUGUCAGUUUUUCUUUUAUAAUGGAGAAAUUAUAGAAACUGUGAAUGCUGUGGCUCCUCUACCACCUACAAACCCUGGACAAUUAGUGGAAUCAAUGGUGCCACUUCAGUUACCACCACCAUUGCAACCUCAGCUGAUUCAACCACAAUUACAGACAGAUCCUCUUGGUAUUAUAUAAGUAGAAACUGAUUGCAUACAGCCUGAAAUUGGACAAAAAAGUCUAGACAUGCAUGUUUCAGGGUUCAGUAGUAUACUUCAUAUUUCAUAAAAAUAAUUCACAUUUAAAAUGAAAUUUUCUCUUUGAGCUAUAUUAUAUUCCUUAUUCACCUCCAUUACAAAUCAAAGACCAUAUGGUAAGCAUGACUGGAGAGGUUUAAUUUUUAUAAACAAAAAUAGCUAUAAAAUACAAAGCUGCUGCUGCAUGCAACCUUAUUGCAAUCAGUAUAUCAUUCCUGUGGCAAUUUCUGUCACAUUAUAUUGUGAAUAAAAUUUUUCUAUAGAAAUUAAAUGAUUUAAAGACUCACAUAUAUGAAACAUUUAAUGCUUCUCAGCCUGCUUUAUGGCUGGUUUUGUUACUCAAUGUGCUAAUUUGGGUAUCUUAAUUUACAUUCUAGCAGUCUGUAGAUAACUAAAAGCCCAGUUAAGUAUUUUAUAAUUUCAGGCUACUUAUGCCAUGCUUGGGAUGUUGUUUGAAAGAAAGAAAGACAGAAAAAAAAUGUAACAUUUCACAUUUCUGCACCUUCAUUUGUACUUCUAAGUAAACCUGUGGAUAAUUUGAUGAGGUAUAAAUGAGCCUUUUUCUUUUACACAUAUACCAAGGACAUGCUUGUGGCUAAAGUGAGUUGAUAAUGUGGUACAAAGGGUAGUUAUCACCAACCCAUUUCUUUAUGGUCUAUAAUAAAAGAACCAUUUUGUAUACUGUUAAUUCUGUAAACAGAUGCAUGUUCAAAAGAUCUAUGAUGGUCUUAUAAUCUUAAUCUAAUAUAUUUUAGAUGUUUUAAUUUUUUCCCUCUUAGGGAAUACAUUUAGUAUAGUGUAGAAAAUGCUUCAUGACAUUUUCAUAUAAGGUUAUAUAACUUUUCAUACAUAAACAUAAAAUUUGUUGUAGAAAAUUCUUUAAACCAAAUUUUAAUCUAGGACUUCAAUUUAAUCUGUUCCCUGAAUCUAUUUUUAUGUGGCCCUUAAGAACAUAUCCAAAAUAUCCAUUGCUAAUAUAGCAAUAAAAAUACUUUGGGUACUGACAGACUCAUUGGAGUGUGUAUAUAUAAAAUCACAAACUUGCAUUCAUAUCUUUUCUGUGAUGUGUUGUGUUAAAAUCCAAAAUGGCUUUUGCACCAUUUUUUAAACCAGUUGUUUUCUUUUGAUGUUGGUACCGGAUUUGCUAUAAAUGACUGCUGCUUUUAGAGUUACAUUUGUUAAUGAAGAUACAACCAGAGCACUAAGUUACAGGAAAAAUUUUUCAGUACUGGUAGCACAGGUAAAUUUUGUUUGACUUCAUUUAAAAUUCUUUCAUUAUCAAGCCACCAAUUUUUUUUCUGGAAAGGGAAAAUAAGGUAUUUCCAUUACUAGAUACGUAAUGAAGAAGAAAUUAACUGGUUAUUGUUAUAAUCUUCAUACUGCAGUUUUUAAAGUUACCGUGUGUGUAAAUAGAUGAUUUUGAGAUUCAAGGCUCCUAACAGUUUGAUUUACUUCAUUUUUUCCCUAAAAUAUUUCCUAGAAUUGUACUUCCAGUUUUCACUUCAGAACCAAGAUGUCAAUAUGAACCAGGCUGCUGUUGAAAUACAUGUAUAUUAUAAAUUAUCUUAUUUGUGUUAUAAUCUUACAUGUUAUAUUAUCUUUUCUAAGAAAACAAAGUCCCUAUUAUUCCUAUUGCAAAGCACACAGGAAUUAAGAAAGUACAGUAAUUUUUAAAAAAAUAUCCGGUAAAUGUAGUAUUCUUAACUUGUUCUAUAUUACUUAUGCCUAUUGUCUAUAUAGCUUUAAUUUAUAGCUGUCAGUUUAACAUUGGCAUGUCUGGCAAAGAAAAUUAAAACUUUAAGAGUUUUAUAAACUGUUUCUAGGUUGCUAAAGAAUUUAUUUUUCUACUAUAUAUGGUAUAGACAAAGCAUCAAACUAUGUACAGGGAAAAAAAAGCCUGACUAUUUCUAUUGGAAGUAGGCUGAAAAGAGAAUUUUCAGAACUGUUCUUGUCUUUGGUUCAGUCUAUCAUAACUUGGCUAUUGUAAUAUGUGAAUUCAGUUUAUUUAAGCUGUUCUCUUUUUAUACCAUGUUAAUUUAACAUUCAUUUGCAUUUAGUACCAUUUUGUUACUACAAUUAGCAUUUAUCCUUUUCCACAUUUAACCACCUUACACCUUUCCUAAAACUUUUUUUCUGCUUUCUAUGCAUUCUAUCAUUGAUUUGACACACUUCAUAGUGAGUCGUUUAAAUGUUCUACAUUUGGUUCAAUUAAUAGGUUACAGUUAUUAAAAAUUAAAGUCCAAUUUAAAGCUCA